AGAGAGAGAAAGUCAUAACGGCCACAUCAAAUCCUAACUGCCAAACGAACAGAGCAGUGACCGCGUCCACUCUCUGCACCGCGAAACUCGCCAGCUGUCGGUCCUUAUGGGUCCGUCUCUAUAUAAACCCCUCAACGGUUUCUCCUACUUUCCCUCAAACCAAACGCUUUCAACUUUCCCGCCCCACCCUCUCUCCUCCUCCUUCAAACCAGAUCCUUCAGAGAAUUCCCGAGAAAUUGAACGGAGACUUGUUUGUUUUCUCAGAGAAAAGAAAACAAUGGCGACUGUUGCAUUACCUCCUCCUCAACCUAUCGAGCCUCAGAAGAAGAACAGAAUCCAGGUUUCCAACACCAAGAAACCGCUCUUUUUCUACGUCAAUCUUGCUAAGAGGUACAUACAGCAACACAAUGAGGUUGAGCUUUCUGCUCUCGGAAUGGCGAUAACAACUGUUGUCACUAUUGCUGAAAUUUUGAAGAACAAUGGACUAGCUACUGAAAAGAAAGUUUCAACUUCCACUGUUGGCAUGAAAGAUGAGAGUAAAGGACGCCUGGUCCAGAAAGCCAAGAUUGAGAUUGUGCUUGGUAAGUCAGAGAAUUUUGAUUCUCUUGUGGCUGCUGCUACUGCUGCGAUUGUUGAGCCAGAACCAGAGUCUGAGCCAAAGCCGGUGCAGGAGGUGUCUGAGCCAAAGACAGAGCAGACUAAUGAUGAAAAUAAAUAGAGAACAUUGUAGAGAGAAGCCUUUUCGAUCCUUUUUUUUUUUCGUUCUUUUGGGUAGUUUUAACAUUUUCAUCAUUCUUUGUUGUUACUCUCUGCCUAACUAGAGAGAUUGAAAUAGUUAGGUAAGUAGAGAAUAAUAGCAACUUAAAAUGAAUGGCAUCUCCAAUUGCACAUUCUUUGCUGUACUUUACUAUCUGUUGUCUCAUUUUCUGUGAGAGUGUUGUAAAGGUUUUCUCUGGCAUCAUACUGUUCCAUUCUGGAUUUUGAAUUACCGAACAUGUAUGAAAUGUAUUUUGUUCUUUUUCUUUCAAUAUUGAAUUUUACUGAAUUGUGAC